AUGUCGAGUAUUGUCGAUGUUCAGCACCGCUUUCACUGUCUGAGCUGGGGCGGCUUUGGGGUGGACGAUGGGAGUCGACCCAAUGGAAUGAUCGCCGGUGGUAUGGAUAGCGGCGUCAUCCAACUGUGGGACCCUACGGCCAUUAUUGAGCAGAGAGACAGUGAGCGGGGUAAACUGCCCAAACACAACGGACCAGUCAGAACGCUCGAUUUUAACCCCAGCCAAUGGAAUCUGCUGGCGUCUGGGGGUAGCAGUGGGGAUAUGUAUAUCUGGGAUGUGAAUCGUCCCGACGCACCCAUGACUCCCGGUGCCAAACCAGCUCAGAUACAGUAUGGUUCAUAG